CCGAAACAGCUACUGGAAUCAACGACUAUGUCUGCCUUCGAACUUACAUCUGUGGAUCUCUACUCGCAGCUGUUGCUUGAUAAGACGAGGCAACAGAUACGCCUUUUGAAGGUCAUACGAAGUACAUCUGGACCUGUGGAGUGCACGAUGGAGGUCUUUGACUUGGACACGUCUCCACCAUAUACUGCGUUGUCGUACAGAUGGGGAUCUCCUAUUGCUGAGCACACUGUAUUCGUCAACGGACACUUGUCGCUCGUUUCAUACAAUCUUUUCUCUUUCCUGGAGACGUACCGCCUUGAAACACAAGAUGAGUACUUGUGGAUCGAUCAGAUAUGCAUUGCACAGUCCAACACGGAGGAGCGAAACCAUCAGGUUGCCUUGAUGAGCCAGAUCUACCGUAGGUGUCGAUGCACUAUUGUAUGGCUCUGCGAUGAAAGAGAUGCGUAUUCGACAAUUGCGAAAGAAUUCAACCGUACGCGAACAAAGAAGGCACUGAGCGGCCUUCUAUGCGAUUCAUACUUCUCCCGUCUUUGGAUCGUACAAGAGGUCUUGCUGGCUUCUACUCUCUGGAUGUUCACCUUCGGUGGAGUUUGGAUAUCAUGGGAGGAUGUACGCACCUGUUUUUGGGAGAAAGCAUGGGAGCCUGAAGAUGCAAUUUUGAAGGCCUUGGUUGUUCCGGACUUCUUAUCGCGGGGAAAGGAUCUUACCCUAGGCUCGUGCAUCUUAACUUUCUCUGGACAGAACUGCCAAAAUCCGAAAGACAGAGUAUACGGCUUACUUGGUAUGGUGAAAGAAGGAGAUUGCAUUGUGGUCGACUACAACAAGUCCAUCUAUCAGAUAUAUGUGGAAGCUGUGGUCGCAGUUGGUCCACUCGGGGGCGGGAGAGACAAAUGUGCGGAACACCUCGGCAAUCUCUUCGACAUACCCACUAGGAAAAGAGAGCAACUGAUAGCUUUCUUAGACCUGGUACAGCCCAUACAUUUCAUCGGUCAGGUGUCAGUGCUGCGUGAUUGCUCUCCCAAAACGCCCUACGGUUCAGGUCUGGUGUCUUCCAUAGGACUAGCGUUUGCAGAGCAGCCUGUCACACCUCCUGAGAGCAUCUCAAUUAAUCCGUUGACCAAUGAGCCAUUCACUGCUCCUGAGCUGGCUCGUUCCGUAACCCUGGACAAAUUGGGGACAUCGUGGACGGAUGCUUUUAACGGACCGGAUGGCGGGCUCUUUGACCACGAGGCGUUGACUACCAGUCACAAAGCUCCGAUCCCCAGCUCCAGUUGCGAUACAGAUCUCAUUCCCCUCUUCAAUCCCCUCCGGGCUAUCGUAGACUUUCAUCACUGUGUGCACGAAUCUGAAUGGGCAUACAGAGAGACCUCGAAAUUGGAGAAUCUGGGAUUAGAACAACAACUUAAAUCGAAAGAUACGGGAUUGGAACAAUCGGAGCUGAAAAAUCAAGCCCUGGAGGCCCAGGUUCUGGAAGCUCCAGACUUUGUGGGGCCGAAAUAUCCCAUUGAUGAUUGGGGGGUGCACGAGAGCCUCGCGGCGAAGACCUUUUGGACAUAUGUGGCGGUCCGCAAGGACGUAAGUCGACCAGAAGAUAACUCGCAUCCCCAUCGUCCCAAGAAGUGCCGGAGGAGAUGGUGCUACGGUUAUCAGGGCUACGUCUAUGAGUACUCCCGGCACCCAAAAUGGCAUCUUCUGUUCGGAUCCGACAUAAACAUGAUAGUGUAUGCUUCUAAUGCCUGUAAGAGGGUUCGUAGCAUUAUAUACUACCCUCCGAUCGACCCAACGGGCGAUGCAAGAAUUCACUGGGUACAGAGAUUGCCCGAGACGAUAGAUUUUGGUUCAGAAGACGCGAGAACAGCAUUUAUUGAAUCUGGCAGUGCUGUUUUUUGGAACACUUGCAAAUUUGACGGCGUGUGUCAACGGUAUGACAAGAAAGUCACGAUUGAGAGGGAAGGCGAGAAUUCCCGUGAGGCUAUUCUGAGAAAAUUUCCAGAUCUGAGAGAAACACCUUGGUAAUAUAUGAGGCUCUCCCUGGCUAGAAUAUACACUAGGCCUUCCCCUACAUCUAGGUAUAUUGACUUUCUAGCCAUUCAGGUGCUUAGGUGCCCAGUACGUGAC